AAAAUGAAACAGAUACAUCUCACUUGAGAUAAGUCUCAUUUGGAAAUUUGUGUUAUAAUUCUAGGACGUAAGUUUAGGGAUAACAAUGGAUAUUGACCCUUUCGAGUCCAGGGCCUUAAAAAUUGGAUUCGUGUCGGAUCCAUAUUCAUUUAUAUUCCAGGGAUCCGGGUCCGGAUCUAAAAAAAAAAACGGUAUGCCCAUCUAUUAUCGUCCUCUUCCCUUUAACCACCCAACUCGUUACUUGCACAUAAAAAACAAACUCUGUUCCAAAAAACCAGUAACUGCAAAAAUGGGAUUAACAGAUAGGAACUUCGCCGAUGAAGCAACAAUUUCUCUGAUCUCCAGUGAACCCCCGAAAGACAUCCCUAAAGACUCAUUCCACUUUGCAUAUAUAAUCUUCUUCACUUUAGGAGCUGGGUUUUUACUUCCAUGGAAUGGUUUCAUCACGGCCGUUGAUUACUUUGACUAUCUUUACCCUGAUCGUAGUGUUGAUCGCAUCUUUGCUGUUGUUUAUAUGCUUGUGGCUCUUUUCUCUCUGCUUAUUAUCAUCUUUUCACCCAGGAAAUCUGAUGCUUUUGUUAGGAUCAAUGUUGGAUUGGGACUGUUUGUGGUGUCCUUGCUUAUUGUGCCUCUUAUGGAUGUGGUCUUUAUUAAGGGAAAAAUUGGGCUUUAUGAUGGGUUUUAUGUGACUGUGGGAGCUUUGGGUCUUUCUGGGUUGGCUGAUGCUUUGGUUCAAGGUGGGCUUAUUGGGUCUGCAGGUGAGAUGCCGGAGAGAUAUAUGCAAGCUGUUGUUGCUGGAACUGCUGCUUCAGGCGUCUUUGUUUCCUUUCUAAGAAUUUUUACAAAAGCAGUAUAUCCGCAAGAUUACCAUGGCUUGAGGAAUAGUGCAAUCCUAUACUUCAUUGUUGGGAUCGUACUUAUGAUUAUCUGUGUUGUCUUCUAUAAUGUGGCCCAUAGACUUCCGGUUAUCAAGUACUACAAUGAGCUCAAACGACAGGCUGUAAACGAGGCAAAAGAGGAGAAGGGGCCUUUAUCUGGCCCUGUCUGGGAUAUAAUCGGAAGAAUCAAAUGGCACGGGGUUGGAAUCGUAAUAAUUUAUGUUGUGACUCUAUCCAUCUUUCCUGGUUUCAUUACUGAAGAUGUUCAUUCAGCAUUACUUGGAGAUUGGUACCCAAUUCUCCUCAUUACUAGCUUCAAUGUAUUUGAUUUAGUGGGCAAGUCUUUAACUUCCCUCCAUCUCCUUGAGAAUGAAAAUGCUGCAGUUGGUGCCUGUUUUGCUCGACUUCUGUUUUAUCCUCUCUAUUGGGGAUGCUUGCAUGGUCCUCAAUUUUUCCGAACUGAGAUUCCUGUGACGGUGCUCACUUCUCUCUUGGGGCUGACAAAUGGCUAUUUCACAAGCGUGUUAAUGAUAUUGGCUCCCAAAACCGUCCAACUUCAACAUGCAGAAACAGCAGGGAUUUUAGUUGUGCUGUUCUUGAUUGUUGGCUUGGCUUUCGGUUCGAUUGUGUCUUGGUUUUGGGUCAUCUGAUUCUAUUGCAAUGUGUAUUACCUGCCAUGACUCAUAUCCAGUUGGUAUAUCUCAGCUUGAGUUCUCUCAUGUUUCUGAGAUCAGAUUCAACCCUUGUGAAGUGAAAGAAGGGAAGAGACAUGUCCCGAGCUUGUUUCAUGCCCGAUCUCUCAUCAUUGAAGGGGCAAUCAAGGUUGUAUUUUAAAUUGAAAAUCUACGUAAGAUGUAGUCCUUUACAUUUCUAGCCAUGUAAGUUUUUCUCCUUCCUCUUAUAUUAAUGCAAAAAUAUUGAAAGGAAUUUAUUUAA